AUGACAACAGAACCAGCCGCCAACCUCCGAACCUUUCAUCACUUCCCCCUUCUUCCUUUCGAAAUCCGUUUGGAGAUAUGGGAACUCACCGCCUUCCCCCGCAGACUGCGCGCCCUCCGUGCCUCCAAGACCUACGACACAGCCGUCGGCCCACCGCCGAUUCCAGCACCGCUGCACACCUGCAGCGAGGCACGAAGCUUCUUAACCUCUUGUCACCCCCCCGUGUAUCACAAAAUGUACCUGGAUUGCACCCCCCACGACGAUAGUCAAGAAUCCUCCUCGCACAGAAAAUACACCUGGGCUAACUGGGAGCUCGACACAUUGGUUUUGGAAGACUCACUGCCCACGGUCGUUGUUGAUCAUAUUGCCACGAUGUUGAUGCCGAGGCGGCUGGCAGUUCCCUGCUUGAAGGGAUAUGUCUCGAACUUCUUGUUUGAGCUUAUUGACAAGCUGAAAAGUGUCAAGGAGGUUGAACUUUUGCUGGACGACGUCGACUCUCCUUUUAAUAGGUCCACCUGGGAGGCAGGCUGGCACAGCCCUGCCAUGGAGUGUGAUUUUGGGCACAUUGAGACCUUUUGGCUCGUGCAUGAUGGCGGCAGGAGACGGUGGGCCAAGUGGGAUGAAUGGCGCGCCGAAAAGAGAUGGGAGUUUGAUGAAGACGAUUUGGAUGAGGCGUUGAUGGAGACUUUCAAGGAGCUCCGCAUGACGAUACCCGGGUGGAAGCCCUUUGGUAUGAUAUCUGCUUAUCAGGAGGAUCUGAAUUCCCCGCCCACGUCACCUCGCUUGAAGCUGGCAACACACUCCCCCUUCCGAAACGAAAUCCUCACGACCGGCCCCGGCGCCGCCUACCAAAAAUCCCCCAUCGAAUACUGCUUCUCCAGCGAAGACACCACCUGGCCGUGCCCAUGCUCAGAAUCAACACACACCACCACCCUCCCGACCAAAUACACCGGUCGGUACAUCUGGGAAAACCGCCGAGUCGUCCCCCACCCGGACAGCGGUAUCACGCUUUCGGAUAUCUGCGACUUCCAAACGACACUGGCGCCCAACACAUCCAUCCCGCAGUGGCCGAGAAAGGUCUUCUUCUUCUGGACGGUGAGCCAGGGAUCCUUUUCCCCGCAAGAUCCUGCCGCGGACCCCAAGUUCUUGCUGUGGUAA